CCUCUGUAGCAUCCUGUUGGUGGAACAUGGCAUUUCCCAUUCCCUCGCACGGCUCAAGGGCUAGCAGCAGCAUGUGAGCAAUGCAUGGGUACGGGGAGGACCGCGCUGCAAAUGGCAACGAGUUGGGGAGCCGAGCCGCCAAUAGGCAAUAGCAGUUGCGAAUCGGUAGCCAGCAUGAAAACUAUUUUGAUCAAUGCAGAUAACCCCGAGAGCAGCGAGAAUGCCCAGGGCAGGAGUGAGGCGCAGCAAGUUGAUCCGUCGAGAUGCACAGGAGGAGGCACUUGCCCAGUGAAAGCAGGGGAGUCCAGUGCCAGAGCGCGCACUCUGAAUCUAACCUCCCGUAAGAGAGCUCCUCCUAAAGAACAUAGAAGUGGCCAGAGACUAGUGGUACAGUACAUAGUGCCCUGCAUGAACUCUUACGGCUUGUGCAUAGUAGACAAUUUCCUGGGACACAAAAUUGGAGACAAAGUCUUGCAAGAAGUCAAAGCUCUGCAUCUGAGUGACAAAUUCCAGGAUGGAGAGCUGGCAAGUCAGAAAUCAGACAGCACUAAGACUAUUCGCGGGGACAAGAUAUUGUGGGUGGAGGGCAAUGAACAAGGAUGUGAAAAUAUAGGCUAUCUUCUGUCCAGAAUGGAUAAACUCAUCAUGUACGCAGAUGGGAAACUUGGGAAUUACAAAAUUAGAGGAAGACAUAAGGCAAUGGUAGCUUGCUACCCUGGGAACGGAACUGGGUAUGUUCGUCACGUAGACAAUCCAAAUGGCGAUGGGCGCUGUAUCACCUGUAUUUAUUACCUGAAUAAGGACUGGGACUCAAAGCUGCAUGGUGGAAUUCUUCGAAUAUUCCCGGAAGGAAAGUCCUAUGUAGCAGAUGUUGAGCCCAUUUUUGACAGGUUACUUUUUUUCUGGUCAGACCGAAGGAACCCACAUGAAGUGCAACCUUCCUAUGCAACCAGAUAUGCCAUGACUGUGUGGUAUUUUGAUGCUGAAGAAAGAGCAGAAGCCAAAAAAAAGUUUAGGAAUUUAACUGAUGCAGGGAAGACAGAAGCAGCUCUCCACGAAGACUGAAUAGUGAUCUGCUGGCAUAGUGCUUUUAUCACAACCGUUUCUGAACUCUUUGCAAAUGAUGAGAUCCAAAGAUGACUUGUCCAUUUCCAAUGAAACAUUAGACUUUCUUCUUACCCACAGGACUGUGCUGAUUUGUCUAACACCUGCAUAUUACAUUGAUGGUACUUACAUGCCUCCUAUCAUGCCUGCAUCUGGCAGAAGGAACCCUUGUUUUCUAUUUGCCUUUAACUGAAGAAAGUAACCAAGAUUUUAGUAAAAGAAGAAUGUCACCAAAGCCUAAUGCAAGUGGCUAAGCCAGCUGGCUUUUAGUAAUAGUGGUAAUAAAGAUAACAAGUAUUGGAACCAGUGGGGAAAAAACCUGAGUCUUAUUUGCACUUUAUGUAAAUUUCUUAGCUCAAUGGGAAGGAGAUUUACAAAUUAAAAUCUGUUGCAGAUGCCAAUGGGCAAUGCAAGAUAUUUGAAAUGUGAAAUUAAACUAGGUAUUUGUAGAGGGUCAUCUUCGGUUAUGCUUAAUGUGGGACCAUUGAUGGGCUGCUAAUCACUUUUGUUGCACAGAGCAUUGGCUUAACUCUCCUAUAUUAUUACUUUCUAAAAGGAUAAUCUUCCAUGUUGCCAUCAAACUGCCUGGAUUUUGUUCACAUUUCAACAGUCAAGCAGUAGCAAUUCAGUUGCUUAGCCCUUUUACAGCCCCUGACAGAGGGUGGGGAGGCAGUUACGUGUCUGUUCACAAUUUUGUGAUUUUUUUUUUUUUUUAUUUGAGAUGGAUCAAUGUUCAUUUCCCAAUUUCAGUUUGUUUUUUAAAGCAGCUGGUUUCUCUGAAAGAUUUGUGAGCUGGGAAGGUUGAUGGCACACAAAAUGCUUUAGCACUUAGAGCCAAGCAUUUUUAAUUCAGUCUCCGUAUACCAACUUGUGAAUGAUAGAAGUGUGAAUUUGGAAGGUAAAGAUCUGUUUGGCAGCCUGACAAAUGUAUGAUGAAUAACUAUCUCUAAUUUAGAGUUUUGAUUUCUCUCUCUGAUGCCCAUCCUGAGCUCGGACAUUUGGUUAAUUUUGUAUGUAUGUGCACUUUGAAUGAAGAAGUGAUGCUGUCCCAAUUGUUGCAAAUUAUUUUCCCUCCUGCAUUUGAGCCACAAGAUAUACAAAAAGAGGAUUAGGCUCAGAUGAGCAGGAACACAUUUUCUUCACCUUGUUUGUUUUUGUUUUAAACUUAAAAGCUAGAUGAGUAACUUCCACGGUGUCCCCAAGCAGCUUAAACUUCCAAAACCAGUAUUUAGCAGCUCAGUAUAGAUCUCACUGAUGUUGAGACAACUGUCAUGGUCACACUGAGCACGGAAAUAAAUCGUUCUUGUUUUAACAAUUGUA